CGAAAUUGGGAGAAUGUCAAUAUUAUGAAAGAGGUCAAAUGAAAGAUUAUAACGGGACAAUAUGGGUUAAUUCGGACCUAAAUAAGAGAAUAGAGAGAACGAAGAAAUCCAGAGAAUGACAUUCCUGGAUAAAUCAACCAGCUCCAUCCUGCCAUACACCUGUGUCUAUAUAGAUGCUGAGUUCAAGGACAUCUUUGGAGCAGCCUCUCGAUGUCUGACAUGCUGUGGAGACAGAGAGCAGGUCAUUCAGGAUCUGAAGCAGAUGUGGACAACAUCGACUAAUCAGAAUCAUGUCCUACCUUGUCUGUCAGUCAGGACCGGUCUAGACCUGUUCCUGCAGAUCAAAAAUUAUCCACCAGGCUCGGAGGUCAUCAUGUCAGCCAUUAACAUUCCUGAUAUGGUGUACAUUGUUAAACACCAUGGACUAAAGGUUGUUCCCUGGGAUGUUGAUAUAGAAAGAACAAGUCCAAAAAUAGAUCAACUGAAGCACCUCAUUUCCACAAAGACAGUAGCCAUAUUAGUGGCCCAUAUAUAUGGGAAGCAGGUAGAAAUGGACAGUAUUAUAGACGUUGCUCAGGAUCAGAAUGUUGUUGUGAUAGAAGAUUGUGCCGAGUGUUUCUGUGGUUUUGAUUGGUUAGGAAAUCCCAGAUCAGACUUGGCCCUCUUUAGUUUUGGUGUAAUUAAACCUUCAACAGCUUUUGGAGGUGCAAUAGCAAAAAUUCGUGAUCAAGAUUUAUAUGAUAAAAUGUCCAGACAUUAUUCUAAAUAUCCUGUGCAAAAGCAUGGGGAAUAUUUUAAGAAAUUGACCAAGUAUUUUAUGGUUUAUUUGUUGUUGGACUGUCCCCAAGUGGUCAAACCUGCCAUGUGGCUAACCCGUACUCUAAAUAUAGACCACAAACGGUAUGUUAUAAAAAUGUUACGAGGAUUCCCAAGUGAUAUGGUUCAUCGCAUCCGACAACAGCCGUCCAGUGCCCUGUUACAAACUCUUCGACAUAGACUGAAAAACUUCAAGCCCACAGAGUUCAAGUCAACCAGUAUAAAGGGGGACUAUGUCAGAGAGCGCCUCCCAGAAUGUGUGACAAUUGUAGGAGCAGAGAGCACCGUCAACAACUAUUGGCUCUACCCUAUAUUGGUGGAAAAUCCAGAUACUGUGGUUAAGAUAUUAAAUGCCAUGGGGAUUGAUGCCUACCGUGGUGCCACUCAGUUGAACAUUAUUGAACCAGAGAAAUGGAAUUCACACCUGGACUAUUUUGCUCCGCUGAUCCACUAUUAUCCUCAUGAGGCUCGUUAUCUCAUUGACCAUGUCGUGUACCUUCCAGUCAACAAAUCUGUGCCGUUCCAUGUGCUUGACCAGAUCUGUAAAGGGCUUGAAGUGGCUAUUAAAAUCAGCAAGAAUGGCCGAAGUCUCAGUGUAAGGCCUCAUUCCAAACUUGUUGAAGACAUAACAGGAAAGGCCUUUAAGAAGAUAAAGAUCGGAACCACUGACGACACAGGUGCUCACCGUCUGAACCGUCUCUAUUGUAUGGCCUUUUUUAUUGCACUCACCCUCUUUUCUAGCGCUGAACAGUUUGUUGGAGAACCAAUCUCUUGCUGGUGCCCUGCUCAAUUCAAAAAGUUCCACGUAUCAUACGCUAAUGCCUAUUGCUGGAUCAAAAACACUUACCUUGUACCAUUCGAGGAGUCACUUCCGGUGGACCACAGGGAAAGAGAGGACCAGGAGAUCAUGUACUACCAGUGGGUCCCCAUCAUCUUUGCCUUGCAAGCUUUCCUAUUUUUUCUUCCAAGAAUGUUUUGGAAACACUGGAACGGAUAUUCUGGGUUCGAUCUAAAGAAGGUUCUUAGGAUAGCGGAGGGAGCCUCUUACGAUAGUCCGGAAGAAAGAAAAGACAAGAUUGGACAGUUGGCUGAAUUCAUUGACAGAUGGAUAGAUAUAAGGGAUUGUAUUAUGGGUAAAACGAAAACUUCAAGGCGGAUAAAGGAAACAAUGGCAUCUGCGGGAAUACACAAGGGGAAUUUUAUGACGGUGUUUUAUCUUUUUACCGGCUUCCUAUAUUUUGCAAAUACACUUGGACAGUUUUUCCUUUUGGAACUUUUAUUGGGAAAUAAUUUUUUUCAUAUCGGUCCGGAUUUUCUCAUGUUAAUGUUUCAGGGUAAAAAGUGGAAAGAUUUGGAACGCUUCCCGUUGGUGACAUAUUGUGACUUCGACAUUAGACAGUUGUCUAAUCUACAACGCUGGACUGUCCAGUGUUCGCUUCCAAUUAAUUUGUUUAAUGAGAAACUCUUUGUCAUCACCUGGUUUCUUCUCGUUGGAAUGACUUUCAUCAAUGGAGGACACCUUAUCUGGAACGUAGUCACAUUCUGUUUGCCAUGGAGGCAGCACCAGUAUAUAAUUAAAUAUUUGAAUAUAUCAGAGCCUAAGCAUUUCAACUCCAAAGGCGAAGCUAGACAAAGAGACCUCGUGGAUAAGUUUAUCAAGAAUUAUUUAAGGAAUGAUGGGAUAUUUGUGAUUUGGAUGGUGUCGGCCAACACUAGCCAAGUCCUAGCAUCAGAGUUGGUGGAAUUAUUAUGGACAAAUUAUUGUGAGAAACCUUCGAUCAAAAGUUACAUGAAUCUCAAAGAUGAUGAGAUUCAGUGUUAAUUCGAUCCGUGCAUGUCGAAAACAAAUCAUUUUUUAUACGUCUCGUCUUGUUUAACGUCUGAAAAUUGAAUUUCACUUAAAUUUUUAUCAUAUGAGAUGCACCUGUAUCUAUGCAUUCGUUAAUUCUCUUACAUUAACACAGGUAAAUUUGUAACUUUUAUGAUAAACAUUUCUGUAAAGGUAUGCUGUUAAAACAUUUUGUACUGAACGAAAAAACAUCUUGUACUGAACAUCUCUAUUCAAUAGUGAAUAUCGUAAACAAGGUUUACCUAUGAGUUUUCAUAUUUUCAUUUUAUUCUUUUCAGAAUUCAUGAGAAAUUGUCAUAGAAAGCAAUGUGUUCAUAUAAUAAAACAGCUACUGGAUUGUACUUGGUCAAAUCGAUCAUAAAGACACCCACUUACAACAAUAUUUAUACGUCAUCCUUCUGAUUCCGCGUCUCAAGUGCUAAAUGAUCCUAUGGACCUUGUACAAGUCAAAUCAUUUUACAAUGCUAAUAAAAGUGUGAAAGUCCAGAUAUUAAACAAAUAUUGAAUCUAUUUAAAACAAUUAAAAUUCCAAACAAGUGUUGGAGUUUUACCUGUUUAGCGAUUGACAAGGAUCUACUUGUGUGCUGCAUAUAUUCAUGAAACGGGCCGUUGGUGUUGUUAGAUUUAAUCUGAUAUUUUUUUUGUUUCAGAUUUGGUGCUUUAUAUAUGUACCCACAAAAGUGUCUGGUUGUUUACUGUGAUGUUUAACAGACCAUUGUUUAUUAACAUUUAUUUAUCUACGUAAAUACAGGUUUAGUGCUCAUAAAUUAAGUAGAUUUUUUUUUAUAUUAAUUCUAUUUGUUUUUAUAUCACAAACAUUUCAAGAAUUGUCAAAUGAGAAUUCCUUAUCGGUUUAUUACUCUUCACCAAAUUAUCAUGAGAAAAAAGAGAUAGUCAAUAUUUUUAUGCAAUUGUUUUAGUUUCUAAGCAUCGUUUUAAAUUCAUGGUUUGAAGACAAACAUUUUAUAAUCAUUUUAUCAUGAUAUAAAUUUUGAAUUUCCUAGGUCUAGGUAAAUUAAAAUAAUUAUAACAUGAUAAUUUACCGGUGCUGUUUUUGUAAAGUCCAGUGUGGGACAUAUGUAGCAAUAAGUAUGAAUUUUAUUCUUACAGAUAUAUGUUGUCUCGUGUAAUUUUGUGAUAUACAUGUACUUUCAGAAUUUUUUAAAGUCAGAUUCAUAAACCUUUGAAUAUAUCUUAAUGUCACUGGUGAGAUAGCUUUUUGCAUAUUGUAGUUAACAUGCAAAAUGAAUAAAAAAAA